AUGAUACAAUUUGUCAUAGGAAUAAUAGUUGGGCUCAUAUUAUUACCUAUUUUAUUGAUAUUUUAUCCAAGUAGAGCAGUUAAGCGCAAUAAACUUAUAGAGUAUAAUCUUAAGACAUCAUCCAAAAAAGAGCUUACUACAAUUCAAGCUAAAAAUAUAUUAAAAAGUCUUCACCAGUGUACGGAUUUAUAUUGGCUUAAUGUAUUAAUCAAUAGAUUCUGGUUCGAAUUGGCUGAUUCGAAUGCACAAGCUUAUAGAAUCAAACAACGUAUAAAAAGGCUUCUUGAUGAUAUUCCAGGCACUGGAAUUAUUCAGUCAUUAGAUGUUGUAGAUAUCGAUAUCGGAAACACCGGUCCUAUAAUAAAAAGUAUAAGGAUUAUUGAUGCAAGUGAAAGACAACAUUUAGGCGAUGCAGUUGACAAAAAUAAUUUUAUUUUUUGUAAAAACCUAUAUAAAAAAUUUAUUAAAACUGAUGGGUUGUUAGAUUUCGAUAAAAUACAUAAUGAAGUUUUUAAAAAUGUUCAUGCUGUUAUUUCCAUAGAGUAUAAAGGGUCUAUUAAAAUAAGCCUAAAAAUAGGUCUUCCGAAAAAAUUUAUAUUAAACACUGAAGUCAAUAUAACUAGAUUGGAAGGGAAUGUUUUAAUGAGACUACCCUCGUUAAGUUAUAACACAAGAUUAGAAUAUUCAUUUUUAACUAAUCCAGAUUUAGAAGUUAACAUUGACGGCGGCGUAUCAAAAGGAGAGGGAAAUGAAUAUUUUAAACGAACCAUAAGUAAUUUACUACGAAGAACUUUUAAAUUUUCAGUUUUACAAUCUUUUGUAUAUCCAUCAUUUAACACCAUUUAUCUUCCAUUAAUAUCAGCAGAUUUUAAAGACUUAAGACAUCUUAUACACAAGAUUACGCCCACGACACCUGUUAAUCAAAUUUCUAUAAGAGAAUCUUUAGAAAUGUUUUUAGCUUUAGAUUAUAAAAUAAUAAAAGUUGUUAAUGAUGUUACUUUCAGAACAAAUAAUAUGAUCUUAAAUGAUAAAGAAAAAAUUUAUUGUGCACAUUUUUUAAUCCCCGAAUGUGCACUAAAUUCUUCGCACUUUAGCUCCUCGAACAAUUAUAUUUACGAAAAUCUAACGAUUAAAGAAUCAAAAAUAAUGAACCAGAUAUAUGACUUAUCAAUAUUAAACAAUGUGAUUUUAUCUUUUAAAGAGUUAAAUACAAUCCACAACUUUAAUUCAGCGAUAUCAUUAGUAGAACUUGUUUUUUUAGAUAAAAAACUUGAAUUUAUACGUAUUGUUUAUAACAACAAAAUUUUUUUUCAGAGGAACGACGAAAAAAAUCCUGAUUUUUUAAUUUUUUAUAUUGAAAAUAAUACAUUAUAUGUGUACAGUUUUAUUACUUCUAAUAUCAUUAAAAUGACACAAUCGCGCAUAUUUAAAUUAAAAUCCAAACUUGAAAUGAAACAUUAUAAAGAAUUUUCUGUAAAUAAGUUAUUUAGAUAUUCGAAAAAUGCUCUAAACUUUUGGAAACCGUAUGUUGCACCACGCGAAAAACAGGAUUACGUUACAGAUGUUAAAAACAUAGUGAAUAUUACUAGUAAACACAAUGUAAGCAGUCAUUUUUCAGAUAUUGACAGUUUUAUAUCGGUACACAUUCCAAAGUUUUUUUAUAAAUUUGAAGUUUCCUCAGAUGUAAUAUUUAGUAUAUUAAAUCAAGAUAGUGUAAGACUUAAAUUCAUUUCUGAACAUACACAAAUUUACAGACAAAUUUCUGAAAAUGAUUUAUAUAGAAGCAUUGCUAUUGAAAGUAAAAAUAAAGAAAUUAAAGAUUUUAUUCUACACACACAUAAAAAAGAUAAUCUAAUAUGUGAUGUAAUAAAUAAUAAAAAAAUAGUUUAUGAAGUCAAAAAUGAUUUUCAAAGUGAAUAUGUAAAUAUAAACAAUAUACAUAAUCACAAUCAGAAAUCGAUGUAUAGCUUACCAUCGAAUACAGAGAUAGAUUUACAUAAAAAAACACAAAUUACUUUUUUAAAUUUAAAUGCGUUGAGUAAAUUAAAUACUGAUUGUGAAAUAAAAGAUCCGAUUAAUUCUGUUUUUACGAUAAAUAGAUUACCCAAUGCAAUCACAUUACUCAAUAUUUAUGUAGAAGAUGAAGCUUUUUACUCUAAUAUAAAUCCUUUAUAUGAAUCAAUUUACACUAGAAUUACUCAUCAGAAGAUUUUUAACUUUUCUCAAAAAUCUGAUUUUGAAACUUUAUACAUCGAAAAAGAACUGCGCAAAGAUUUUUUCGGUGAUCUUGGCGGUGUCUAUAUUGAAUUUAAAACUAGUAAAUCAGAUGACUUUAAGUUUACAUUAUUUAGUACAGUAGAUAAAAAGGAUAUUUUAAAGAUUAAUAAAAUUAUUACCUCUAAACCAGUAAAAAUAAUAAUACCGAUAUUCCACGAGGAUAUUUUGUUGUUAAAACUUGUUCCAAAAUUUAAUAAAAAUAAAACAAUAGACAUUAAGAUAGUAAAUCUUCCGAAGUUGUACCAUAGAGAGAGUUUAAUAGACUGUAAUAUUGGAUUAACAUAUAAAGGACAUUUUACUUUUCCAAUUGUAGGAUCGCCUAGUUAUAUUAUUUUUUGGGAGAAAGAGCAAGAUGAGCACAUUAAAGGUUUUAUAGAAAGUCCUUUUACAAAAGUACCAAUUAAAGGUAAUGGAACUAUGAGAACAGAUCAGAUGAAUUAUUCAAUUGUAUACAAAAAUAAUGGUGCUAAGUGCAGAGAGAUAAGCAUUUACAUGGGAGUAACAUUAAAAAAUAGCAAUUAA